GCUUUUCUCCGGCAUAUUCCAGCCAUGUAUUGUGGCUUACUGUGGCUAGCUCCACGGAACUAACAUGGCUGCCUACAAGGUUGUCUGUUCGGGCUUUGGACUAUUGCAGUCAUCCCUGAAUUUAACAAACCAGGCCCUCAGGUGCUCAUGGGGUGCGGUGGAACAGGUCAGAGGCUACUAUGUUGACUGGCGGAUGGUUCGAGAUGUGAAGAGGAGACAGAUGGCCUUUGAAUAUGCAGACACAAGACUUCGCAUCAACUCGCUGAGGAAGAACACAGUUCUGCCAAAGGAACUUCAGGAAAUUGCAGAUAAGGAAAUUGCCGCUUUACCUCGGGAUAGCUGCCCGGUGCGCAUUCGUAACAGGUGUGUGCUGACGUCACGGCCACGCGGGGUGAAGCGGCGAUGGCGACUCAGUCGCAUUGUGUUCCGUGAUCUGGCGGACCACAACCAGAUGUCAGGGAUCCAGAGAUCCAUGUGGUGAUGGGAGACUACACUGAAGGCUCAUGGAUCACCUUGUUCCUUCUCCAUUCAUGUCUGAUGAUUAUAUGAGGCAAUGGUAUUUUGCCCUCUUAAUAACUGAUCCACCUGGAUUUCCUCUUCAUAUUUGAUGACCCGUAUGUGAACAGUUGCAUGACUUCAUCUCCACAUGUGAUAAUUGAAGAUGUACAUAGAAUUUCAUAUUGUUCUCUACUUUACAUUGAUGAAUAAAGCAAUGCAUAAGUUAAA